AUGUUAGACAGAACCGGGUGGUUAUUUGAACGAACCAUUGUUGUUCAACAACAGAGAUUAGACCAAAAGGAAAAAAGUGUAACCAUGUCAAGAUUUAAAUGGAUGGGGGGACAUUCAUCAAUGAUGCCCCUUUUGAUGCCACCUAUUAUGUCACUUUGCAUUUGCUUAUUAUUUGCAAUGGGAAAUCAAACCAAUGAUGAAACCAUUGAAACAGUAUCAUCGGUGACCAACUCUACUACCAAUUCAACCACAACAGGAUCGUCAUCCACUUCAAGUUCCUCAUCGUCGUCAAGUUCCCAUGCCAGCACAGGAAUUGUAUUACCAUCUUCAUCAAAUAAUCUUGCGCCAUUAGGAUUUUUACUUUAUGAAACUUGA